AUGGCGACCGCGACCCUCGACGAGAGCCUUCUCGCCUUCCUCAAGACCCACGCGCCCAACAAUGCCUCCUCCGAGACCGACGCCGUCAAGGCCUCGCAGGCUCUUUUCCCCUCCGUCACCUACACCGACGCCGAAAAGGCUGAGCUCAGCCAAUGGCUCACCUCCGCCGCGCACGUCGCUACUGACGGCGAGGACGCUGCCAAGGCCGCUGAGCGUCUCUCUUCGCUGAACACCCACCUGGCUAGCCGGACCACAGUCCUCGGUGGAAAGCCCUCCGUGGCUGACAUCGCCGUCUACCAGAAGCUCGCGCCCGUCGUGUCAAAUUGGAGUGCCGAGGAGCGAACGGGAGAGCAGGGUUACCACCACAUCGUCCGCCAUGUCGACUUUGUGCAGAACUCACCACUCUUCGGUCUGAAGCUGGACAACAAAGUCAACAUCGACUUGGACAGUGUCAUCUUCAAGAUCAAGCCCGUGGACGCAAAGGCCGAAAAGGAGCGCAAGAAGAAGGAGAAGGAAGCGGCUGCUGCCAAUGCGGCGGCAUCAGGCGGUGCUACGCCUACUACCCUGACUGGCGACAAGGCGGCUGGGGAUAAGAAGAGCAAAAAGGAAAAUGUCGUGGACAAGGCUCAAGCAGCCGGCGAAGCAGUAGCGUCAACGGUUGCCGGCAAGGCUGGAGGAGCACCCGACGGCGCGCCCACCCAGAAGAAGGAGAAAAAGCCAAAGCAGCCGAAACCCCAGAAGGCACCUCCGGCCGAGAAGCCUCUAUCGCCCUGCCUCAUCGAUCUUCGCGUUGGACACAUCUUGAAGGCUGAGCGGCACCCCAACGCCGACUCACUCUACGUGAGCACCAUUGCCUGCGGUGACCCCGCCGGCACCGACAACACAUCCGAGUACGAGGGUCAGGUCGUGCGAACAGUAUGCUCGGGUCUUAACGGCCUGAUCCCGCUCGAGGAGAUGCAGAACCGCAAGAUCGUAACGGUCUGCAAUCUGAAGCCCGUCACGAUGCGUGGCAUCAAGUCUUGCGCCAUGGUGUUGGCCGCGUCGCCAAGGGUUACUGAGGGAGAGGACAGCCACAAGGGACCUGUGGAGCUUGUGAAUCCCCCAGCAGACUCAAAAGCUGGUGAUCGGGUGUUUUUUGAGGGCUGGGAGGGCGAGCCCGAGGCGGUGCUAAACCCCAAGAAAAAGGUUUGGGAGACUAUUCAGCCCGGUUUCACCACCACCGAUUCGCUGGAGGUUGGGUUCAAUGUGGAGGAUGUGCCGCAGCUGUCAGGAGAGGGUGCAGACAAGAAGACCGGCGUUGCGAAACUGAAGACCGCAGCGGGUCUUUGCACGGUGACCACCCUCAAGGGCGCUACCGUGCGAUAA